GGCAACAACUACUGAGUUUUGAAAAAAAUUUCAAAGAAUUUUGGCAAAUUUUGAUGACUUUCAAGCACUGGUCCGUGAGUCACUCGUGGACUUUCGACUUCGGAUUUGCCCCGCGCUGCGAGCUGCGGAAAUCCCUUCACUCGCCUUUACUGAGGCCAGCGCCGAUGAUAGCGUGAGCGAAAGUUGAGCGCGGUGUGGUGGUAGCCCUGCCGUUCGGGACGGAGCCGAAGGGCCUGGAGCAAUGCUACGCCACAGAGUGCGGGGCAGAACGCUUUGAGACGAGUGCGCGAGUGGCGUGUCGCGGGAACGAGUUGCGGACGAAAGUGGUCAUCGGUCGCCAACAAGACGCACGCAUCAUGAAGAGCGUGGCUGUCACGUGUGUCAGCGUGCUGCUCGCGGUGGGUGCAAUUAUGGUGCCGGGCGCGAGUGGAGGAUGCGGCGGACACGAUCCCGCUUUGACGGUGGCCACCAAAACAGGCCUCAGCGGAUCAAAGUCGACGGAGUGCUUCAAAGACAAACUUGGAACCUGCUUCGGCCGCUUUCCCAAGAUGUUUGCGGCCGCGGCCAGCUCCAUGUACUGGAACUACUCGAACAAGACGAUCGUCGUCUACGACGGCCACCUCUGCGGCGGCUACAGCCAGGCCUUCCGCUGGCCCGUGCCCUACAAGCAGGUGCAGCUCGACGGCUCCACCAAGGACGUCAUCUACGACAACGGCGGCCUCAUCGACGACCUGUCCCGCGUGUGCAAGUUCGACACGUGCGGCUACUCCAGCACCGUGAGCACCAAGCAGUUCCGCGGCGACUGCGUCCCGGACGCGCUGGGCCCGUACGCCGACAGCCCGGUCAACAGGUCGCCCAAGUCGGGGGAGAAGUGCACGUGCCUCGAGACGUGGGACAAGAGCAUCCGCUCCGUCAGGUUCCUUGAAAACGACAAUUAAAGAUCUCGUCGACCAUU